GGGCGCCGUCAUGGCGGGGGUGUUCGACAUCGACCUGGAGACCGAGGAGGGCAGCGACGGGGACGAGCCCGAGCUGGGCGCCGACAUGGAGCUGGAGCCACGGGGGAACGGCCUGGAGCCGGUGGGACACUAUGAAGAGAUCGAGAUUUCCGAGAGCAGCGUCAACAAUGGCCCCGAGCACAUCGGCCCCCACUGCUUCGAGCUGCUCCGCGUCCUGGGCAAGGGUGGCUACGGCAAGGUGUUCCAGGUGCGCAAAGUGCAGGGCACCAACACGGGGAAGAUCUUCGCCAUGAAGGUCCUGAAGAAGGCCAAGAUCGCCUGCAACGCCAAGGACACAGCGCACACCCGGGCAGAGAGGAACAUCCUGGAGGCCGUCAAGCACCCCUUCAUCGUUGACCUCAUCUACGCCUUCCAGACGGGCGGCAAGCUCUACCUCAUCCUGGAGUGCCUCAGCGGUGGAGAGCUCUUCAUGCAGCUGGAGCGGGAAGGGAUCUUCCUGGAGGACACUGCCUGUUUCUACCUGAGCGAGAUCACGCUGGCACUAGGUCACCUGCAUUCCCAUGGGAUCAUCUACCGGGAUCUUAAGCCAGAGAAUAUCAUGCUCAACAGCCAAGGUCACAUCAAGCUGACAGACUUCGGGCUGUGCAAGGAGUCCAUCCAUGACGGAGCCGUCACCCACACCUUCUGCGGCACCAUUGAGUACAUGGCCCCUGAGAUCCUGGUGCGGAGCGGGCACAACAGGGCGGUGGACUGGUGGAGCCUGGGCGCCCUGAUGUACGACAUGCUCACCGGAUCGCCACCGUUCACCGCCGAGAACCGCAAGAAGACCAUCGACAAGAUCCUCAAGGGGAAGCUGGUGCUGCCGCCCUACCUGACACCCGAUGCUCGUGACCUCCUCAAAAAGUUCCUCAAGCGGAACCCCAGCCAGCGGGUUGGGGGGGGCCCCGGUGACGCAGCCGAUGUGCAGAAACAGCCCUUCUUCCGCCACAUCAACUGGGAGGACCUGCUGGCGCGCAGGCUGGAUCCCCCCUUCAAACCCUGCCUGCAGUCAGAGGAGGACGUGAGCCAGUUCGACACCCGCUUCACCCGCCAGACCCCCGUGGACAGCCCCGACGACGCUGCCAUCAGCGAGAGCGCCAACCAGGCCUUCCUGGGUUUCACCUACGUAGCCCCCUCUGUGCUGGAGAGCAUCAAGGAGGGGUUCUCCUUCCAGCCCAAGGUGCGCUCCCCCCGGCGCCUCAACAGCAGCCCCCGCACCCCCGUCAGGUACUGGGGCACAGGGGGGUCGGGGGAUGCUUUGGGGUGGGGGGCUUUGGGGUGGGGCUUUGGGAUGGGGGUUUCAGGGUGGGCACCAAGGUGGGGACAGGGGACAGGGCUGGGGUUGCGGGGUGGGCGCAUAGAGGGUGGGGCGACUCUACCUGCCCCAUCCUGGGAGUACCGAGAGACUGUGUGGGCAGUGGGGUGA